AUGGCAUCGGUUCUAGACACAGUUACGCAAAGAUUGUCGAGUGUCAGGCUCGAAGAUAAACCAGUCAUAAUCUUCGUGAACAACGCGACUGCGAUAGCACAACUUGUCGACUUUCUUGAUGGACCUCCAGCAGUUCCGCCUUCCAUUUUUAUCGACCUUGAAGGGGUCAACCUUUCUCGCCAUGGAACCAUCUCAAGCAUGCAGGUCUAUUACCUCCCAACCAAUCAACCAUUCCUCACAUCCAGUGAAAGUCUACACGGAUCACAAAGGCAUUGCGGACUCGAUGGCGAACAGAGGGCAUCUCCACGGCAAGAUCAGCCGCUGGAUCAAAUCCUCGGGGAAUACGACAUUGAGUAUAGACACCGUUCGUGCACGGACAAAGUGAUGCGCCUGGCAGAUGAAAUGCCGCGCUUGCCAGAGGCGCAGAAGGAAGACGCCAAGCCAGUCGAACUCAGACUGGGAUCGAACGAGUUCUAG